AGCUAAGUAGCUAAGAUGUCUGCAGGCUGGCUGGCUUUGGGAGCCGCGGCAGCUUUGGCUGGGCUGCGCGGGCGAUUUUAUAAUAUAAAGCUAAAUACGAACAACAUUAGGAAGCAAUCUCUGCAUCAAUAUGUACAAAGACAGUUUUUGCCUCCAUUCACAGCAAUAUAUAACACAGUGCGAUACAUGUUUAUCCAAACACAGGAUACCCCCAACCCGAACAGUUUAAAGUUUAUUCCAGGAAAACCAGUGCUGGGAUCACAGACCAUGGAUUUUCCCACACCAGCCACAGCAUUCCGCUCCCCUCUGGCUAGGCAGUUAUUCAGGAUCGAAGGGGUGAAAAGUGUCUUCUUAGGACCGGAUUUUAUCACAGUCACAAAGGAGAGUGAAGAUUUAGAUUGGAACUUACUGAAACCAGAUAUUUAUGCAACAAUAAUGGAUUUCUUUGCAUCUGGUUUACCCCUGCUUACUGAAGAAACACCUUCUACAGAAACAGCAACUGAAGAGGAUGAUGAAGUUGUAGCAAUGAUUAAAGAACUGUUGGAUACAAGGAUAAGGCCAACUGUGCAGGAGGAUGGGGGUGAUGUGAUCUACAAAGGCUUUGAAGAUGGCAUUGUGCAGCUGAAACUGCAGGGUUCCUGUACCAGUUGCCCUAGCUCUAUCAUCACUUUGAAAAAUGGAAUCCAGAACAUGCUUCAGUUCUAUAUUCCAGAAGUAGAAGGUGUGGAGCAGGUUGUGGAUGAUGAGCUAGAAGAAAAAGAUGCAAACUCACCUUGAAACCCUGUAAUUUCCUUGAGAUGAAUGACAUGGACUGCUGAAGAAAUUUGAGGAUGAAUAAAAGAUAUUCUUCAAACAACUAUAAUUAAAUGUGGCAAUUAUUUUUCUUUGUUUUGUUUUCUAAAUAAUUUAUUUCAUCUGAUUAAUGUUUUGUAAAUGUGGUUUGUUUUCAAAUAGAUGUUUUCUUUUUUUGUUCUUAAUGGUUUUUCUUCAAAAUGAAAGUAGAAAGGUAAAGCAGCCAUCUGCUUUCCUCAGAGAGAGAAGUGUUUGUCUAAACUCAUACCCCGUAUUUUUAAAAUUAAUUAAGAAUAUUUUUCCAUGGUUA